CAACAUACAGAGCUUGAAUCAGGUGUAAAUAUCCAAUAUCACAUUAAAUCCAUACGACUUGAAGAUGCACGACAAGUAAAUAUUAUCAAUUAUGAUUGGAAUCCAAAAAUUUUAGAAUAUAGUCAAUACAAUCUUGCUGUUGGUAAAGGCCAAGAGAUCUCCUAUGACCUUUCUAAAAUUGAAGCAGAACUCGUGCAAAAUUUAGUUCUUAAUAAGACCUAUUUAGAGCGCAUUGAGCCAGGUGGACUCUUGCUAGAACCGUUCUCUUAUUGCAUGGAAAUGUUCCAAGGUUCAACAACUAUAUUAUAUGAUAUUAAACAAAAGAUCAAACAAGAGCCAAUACCACAAGAUAAGAUAUUAUUACUCACUAGUGGAGUUUCUCAAAAUCAACAUUCUGAAUUUAUCAGUAGUACUAGAAACGCUGAGAUGAUAUUUUCAGAUAAUGAAUCAGAACUUUUAUCAGCAUUAGAAUUACUUUUAUGUUUCAUUAAGAGAACUACAGAUAUUGAUGCUGAUAUGACUCUCAAGAGUUAUAUUCAGCAAUGGGUAAAACUCUCUGUCCUCACAGAAAAUAAAAUAUUAGAAAAAGUAUUGAAAACUGAUUUACAACUAAAACAUGCUAUUGCGCUUUAUGAACUUGUUGAAGAAAAAGUAGCAGAUAUUAUGAUAGAAAGCAUUGCUACGAAAUACAAAGCCCAAAUUACGAAGGAAAUAGAAGAUGAUAUAAUGGUAGCUUGCACUUUUGGGCAAAAAGACGUCAAGCCUAAUUCGAACCUUAUUCCGGCAGACGUAUUUAUGCGAGCCUUAAAACGUUUCAUGUAUCGACAACUGCUGGUAGAAACCAUACAGGAAAAUCUCCCUCUUUCAGUUUACAUGACAGAAACUACGACUAUCUGUUGCUGGCCAGAUAAUAUAGAUGAGGAUUUAAUUUCAGAUUUAUUUCCUAUGUCACUUUUGAUAAAACAUACAUAUGCAGCAUAUCAUUUUAUUAAAAACAAGAUUGAGGUGGCGGCUACAGAGAAACAGAAUAUCAUGAAACAGCCUAACUUAUUAAAAGAAGAGCAAGAUCAAAGAUUUAAGAAAUAA